AUGAAUAUAUUGAACAGAAUAAAGUGGAAUAAUAAUUAUAAGAAUGGUUUUAUAAAUAGAAUAAUAAAAAAACAACAUUUUUCUAGCGGAGACAUAAAUUAUGAAGUAUUUGAAGGUGUAAACUGUUUUAAUAAAUUUGAAGAAUUAGCAAAUAAAAAAAUUAUAUACAAAAAAGAUUAUAAAGAUUAUUUAAAAUUAUAUAAAUUAUAUAAGCCUAAUAAUACAAAAUUAAGUAUAGAUAAAAAUAAUUAUUUUAAUUUUUCAUUAUGCUGGGCAAUUCAUGGAGGGAAAACCAUAUGUGUGUGUAAUAACAAUUCAGACGGAAAUAAAAAAAUAAAAAUAUUCACAAACACAAUAAACUCUUUAAGACAAAAAUUAGAACAGGAAAAUAAAAGAGAUUGUAAAAAUGGACAAAAUUUAGACGAUAAACUAGGGAAUAUAGUGACCUAUCAAAAAGGAGGUCUAAACAAAAAAAGCAACAAAAACCUAUGUAGGGAUGAAAAGGAAAUAAAAAAAUGGAAAGGAAAAGUCAACUAUGCAAAAUUAACAAAAUUAUGGGAACUAUUUUUAUAUCAUAAAGAAAAAAAUAAUAUUAAAGAAGAGAAAACAUAUUUCGAAAUUUUAAAAAAAUUAUUUUUAAAAUAUGAAUUUUUUGAAAAAAAUAAAAAAAAUGAUUUUCAAUUUUUUGAAAAUAUAUUAACUUCUCUAUUAUUAAAAUCAAAUAUAUUUAUAAAUGUCUUAAACAAUUUAUAUUCUAUAUUUUUUAAUUCAUUUUUAUGUUCAUCCUCUUCUCGUAUGUUACAGAAUAGUACUACUAUACAAUCGAUAAAUAAUAUUACCAAUACUAGCAAAAUCACUUUAAAUAAAUUUCCUGCUAACAUUAAUAAUAAUAGUAUGUGCAAAGCCAAUGAUAUAAGUCUCUACAAAUGUGCAACCAAAAAAAAUAUAUAUAAUGAAAAUGAUGGAAAUAAAAAAUGGACAUCAAAAGACUCGAGCUUAAAUGGGAUAGAACAAGGAAUAAAAAAUAGUGCACAGUUUGACGAUCUACAUAUAAAAGAUGAAAAAGAGAAAAUUCGACGAUAUAUAUUAAAUUAUAUAUUUAAUAUGUAUUAUGAAAAAUAUAUAGGAUUAAAAAAUUUAUAUAAAAGUUUUGAUUUACAAGAGUCAUAUAAAUUAAAAUAUUGUUCAAAGGAAAAUAAUUUAUUUAAAUUUAUUUGUUUAGAAAAUAUUGAUAUUGAAAAAAAAAAUAUUAUAUUAAUUAAAUGUACAAAUAAAAAUGGACAUUUAUUUUUUCUAGGGAUUGUUAAAAAUGUAAGAAAAGUAAAUGAUUUUUGUGUAUUAUAUAUGGAUAUAAAAAAAUAUCAGGGUGAUAAUAAAGACAUUGAGAUUGUUGAAAAUUAUAAAGACGAUAAUAAUAAUUUAAAACUAUAUGAAGAACAAGAAAUAACUGAAGAAUAUUUUGAAUCAUAUUUUAGUCGGAUUAAAGAUAGACAAGAAAAUUUAAAUGAUGAAAAUUUAGAAAAAAUAAAAAAUUCAUCAAUACUUCAACAAAAUAAUGAAAAAGAGCUGAUAACUUAUGAAGGCAUAACUUUAUCAGUUCAACUAAACACAAUAACUAAUCGAAUUAAAUAUUCUAUUUUAAAUAUUUUUGAAAAAAAAAAAGAGAAUGAAUAUUUAAAUAAUGAAGUUACUAAACUUUUAUUAAAUGACGAGAUUCGUGUAGACAUACAUACAUAUUGUAAUGAUGAAGAGGGAAUAAUACAAAAUCAAAAAAAAAAAAAAAAAAAAAAUAUUUUAAACAACUCAAUGAGCUAUACUUCCUUAAUUCAUCAAGCUGUAAACAGAUAUUUAGAAAGCCAAAAAAAAUAUAUGCAAUCUUACAACAUUUUAAAUGAAGAAUUAAUAAAACAAGAUCAAAUAAUAAAUAAAUUAUAUAAACAAUUAAAAAAUAGUCCACAAGAAUUUACAAAAAUAUGUGAAUUUUAUAAAAAAUUUGAUAUAUAUCAAAAAAAAGUAUUAAAAGAUAUUUUAGUUGAUAAUGACAAACCACCAAUACAUAUAAUUCAUGGCGCACCAGGAAGUGGGAAAAGUGAUCUUAUUUCAUUUCUGAUUUAUAUAUUGAGUUUAGAAAAGAAGAACAAUAUAUUUGUUGGGACAUGUAAACAUAUAUCUGUAGAAAAUAUAAAAAAAAAAUUAAUUAAUUUGAAUUUAUGUUUAAAUAAGAAUGAUAAAGAGAAAGCACUUAAACAUCAGAAAUCGGAUAUAUAUAUAGACACAAUAUAUCAAGCAUUUAAAAUAAAAGAUAAAAAAAUAAAACAUUUAAUUAUUGAUGAAGCUUCAAGUUUAUCCGAAUAUAAUAGUUUAAUCUGUUUAAAUUUAAAUGCUAAUUAUAUAUAUGCAUUUGGUGAUGAUAAACAGCUAACAUUUCACAGUAUAAUAAAUGAAAAAAAAAGAAAUGAAAUAAAUUAUUUUAGUAUAUUUGAAAAGUUAAAACAAUAUAAAAAUAUAAAAUGCCACUAUUUAUUUACACAAUAUAGAUUAAUAUUUCCAAUAUACUUAUUUAUAUCUUUUUAUUUUUAUAAUAAUAAAUUAAUAGCUUCGAAAAAAAUAGUUGAUAAUUUUGUAAAAUCAAAUCAGUCUAAUUUUUUAAAGCUAUUUAAAAAUAGCCAAAUGGCACAAAACAUGCAAAGCAUGCAAAAUAUGCAGAAUCUUCAAAAUAAUUUAUGCUCGUAUUUCUCUAUACCAAUCUUAUUUAUUGACACACACACUGAUCAAUUCAAUCAUGAAGUUUUUGAGCAAAAAAUAAAUCAGUCAUAUAUAAAUAGGUUUGAAGCUUUGAUUAUUUUAAGGCUUAUACAAAUCAUAUCUUUACCGAAGGCUAAACCAAAUCUAGCUAUCCUAACCCCAUAUAUGAGCCAAAAAAAUUACAUACAAAAAAUUUUACAAGAAGGGCUUUCAGAAUAUGAGCAAAAUGGUGGCAAUGAAAAAAGUGAGUCAAACUUAUUAAAUAUGAAUUCUAUGCCAUUUGUCGAAGUUGAACAUAUUACACAAUCAAUUCAAAGUGAAAAAAAAAACUUUUGUUUUAUUAAUUCUAAUGAGUCAACAUUAUAUUCCAAUGAUGUAAAUAUUUCAAACAAAGUCGGAACUAAUAUAUAUAAUACUUUAUUAGACUAUUCAAAAAAUGGUAUUCCAAAUAAAUUGUCUAACCUAUUUAAUAUUCCCAGAAAACAAAAUGAAGAACAAUAUAAUAACUUUUAUAAAAAUGUUCAUACUAUUGAUAGUUAUCAAGGAUGUGAAAGUGAUUUAAUUAUUAUAAGUACCGUAAGAUCAAAUGAAAAUUAUUCUUUAGGUUUUUUAAAUGAUGAAAAAAGAAUGAAUGUUUUAUUAACACGUAUGAAAAAAGGAAUUAUUAUUAUUGGGAAUUCUAAAACUUUAAAAAAUAAUUUUUUUUGGAAUGAAUUUAUAUCAUUCCUUGAUUUUUUUAAUUCUCGAAAAUCUGUUUUUUCUUUACCAGCUUUGAAAGAUAUAACAUCAUGA